ACGAUAGAUUGUUUCUCAUAACGAUCUCAUUCAGUUUAAGUGAGGACUCGGUGUUAUCGGGUUACAUGACAUCGCAUUGUGAACACAUUCCAAGGCAGCUCAUUGGCUGUCCAGGGUUAUAUUUUUUAUCAACCCUCAUUAAAAGACCAGGAUGAUUCAGAUCACGUUGGGUCUCGAGCUGUGUGGCAGUCUCCUGAUUAGCUGCUCGUAGGCGGACAUGGACAGACAUCCUUACCUGACCAUGGAACCGUUCAAGAUUAAAGUAGUAGAACCUCUACCAAAGGUCACACGAGAAGAGCGGGUCAAGCAUCUCACAGCAGCUCGGUUUGAGCCUUUUUGUCUCCAUUCUCGUCACGUAAUCAUAGAUCUGUGUACGGAUUCGGGAGCAUGCGCAAUGAGCCAAGACCAAUGGGCAGCCAUUAUGGGAGCUGACGAAAGUUACAAAAAUUCAACCAGUUUUGAACGGUUUAAAAAGUCUGUCCAAACAAUCACGAAGUUCCAACACGUGAUACCAGUCCAUCAAGGCAGAGCGGCGGAAACGCUUCUCUUCCGUUUGGUCUUAAAGGCAGGUUCCGUGGUGGCUAGUAAUGGCUUGUUCUUCACAACAGAACACAAUAUAACACGACAAGGAGGGAAAUGCAUCGAGAUACCUUGCAAAGAGUCACGUGGAAACAAAUUCGGCGGCAACAUUGACUGUGAACAACUUAACAACAUUCUAGAUGACGUAACCGUUGUUGUCAUCACGGUGACGAACAACGAACGCGCGGGACAGCCUGUUUCCAUGGGCAACUUAAAGCGCCUGCAGCAGCUAUGUGGUUCAAGAAGCAUACCAGUGUUCAUGGAUGGAUGUCGGUUUGCUGAGAAUGCAUUCUUCAUAAAGGAAAGUGAGCCAGGGUUUGAGAAUAAACCAAUACAGGAAAUCGUCGCUGAGAUGUUUUCAUGUGUUGAUGGUUGUUACGUCUCGGCAAAGAAGGAUGGAUUGGCAAAUACGGGAGGUUUCUUUGCAACACAUGACAAGGAACUAUUUGAUAAAUUCGCGUAUGAGAUGCUGUGGUCGGAAGGAUCUCCCGAGUACGGAGGUCUCGCCGGAAGGGAUCUUGACGCCAUUGCUGUUGGACUGCAAGAGGUCAUUGACGAGGACUACUUGCGGUACAGAGUAGCAAUCUCGCGAGAGUUUGGUGAGAUUUUGAAGAGGGCAAACGUUCCAAUUAUUGAACCUGUUGGUUGUGCUGUACAUGUAGAUGCUGAAAAGGCUUUAACUCACAUCUCCCCCAACUGUUACCCAGCGAGAGCUCUCAACUGCGCUUUAUACAUCGAAGGGGGCGUUAAGGGUGUACAAUACAGCUACAAACAAGGAACUACUUUGGCGGAAGGGUUGCAGAAACGCGAAGUGUUGAGGCUCUCACUUCCGCGAAGGGUUUACACGCUCUCUCACCUACUGUACGUUGGUGAAGUUUUCAAGCGGGUUUUACUGAAGGCUGGUGACAUCUCUGGUCUUAAACGAUUUUCUGAGAAAAUUAACUACUCCGGGGCUCCAAUGGUGCCAAUACUAGGGUCCAUUUUCGCUUCAGACACUGAGAGUGUAGGUGCAGAAUUGGAUAAAGAGGACUAGGUGUCAAUGGGUACCAAUGGGUACAACGUCUGCUGAUUAAGGAAAAACAUAACAUUCUUUAAAAGGCAACGAUCAGGGCCCCGUUGCACAAAGCGAUCAUAACGCUAAGACUUUCGUAAGCCUAUGUUAAAGUAUCGGAGUAACGAUCACCUUAGCGCUAAGAUAGCUUUGUGCAAGGGGGCCCAGGUCUUUAUACGCUCGCUAUGAGGUCAUUAUCGUAUCGCCAUGCAGUCGCUGUCCGGUUCACGAACUGUACAUUUUGGGGGAUCUAGUCGCGAACCGAGGCUGAAAUGCAGAGAACCCUGGACUCUUAAGGUCUUCCCUUACUGUGUCUUACAAAAUAACAUAUCCUAGUAUUGUAUUUACUCCAAGAUUGUUUUUAUGACAUUUAAGAAUAAAAAGGUAUGGAGUAAUGGUGUCUGAUAUGUCUAGAUAUCCGGUCAA